CAUUACCGAAAUAAAAAGCUGGACGCAACAAUUCGCACAAACUUUGACAAAAUAUAGUUCAUACUUUCCACUUUUAAAAUGAAUUUUUGGUUUGUCAUUUUGUGGGCGUGUAUUUCGCCGAUAAUAAUUGUGUCGGGCAAUCCUCAAAGUCCCCAAAAAGCAGUUUUUGACGGUUUUUCGGAAGCUAUCGACAGUUAUAGUAGAAAUCUGGAUAGAAGUAUAAAUUGGACAGAAAUUGACGCGACCACCAAAAAUCUACACGACAACAAACGUUUCUUUUCAACGUCAUCUGGAAUGAUUUUAGGUGAAAUUGUUACAAAAAUUAAUUACGCAAAAGAUAGUUAUGACGGGGCCAGUAGAGAAAUAUUCCAUUGGUGUGAAAGCAGCAGAGGCUCCAUUAGCGGAUAUGUGCAACUGUUUGCCAAGACUAACGACGAUAUCAUCAUCCCCACCACCUUGAUCGCAGACGCUCAGAAAACUCUUUUAAACUUAAUACUCACUACUGGAGUAGCUAAAAUGGAGAACAGCAUCACUAAAAUUGAGGAUGCACAACGAUUCUUGAGUGAAGCGUCCGGUAAAUUUAGUGAACUGGACGUCUCUGUGACAAAUGACGGCAAGGAGAAAGUCGAAGCUUUGGAAAAUGCCAUAGCGAACAAAAGAAAGUCUAGCAUUGAUACGAUAGCGAUGAGCCCACUGGUAGGACUUAUACAAUUGAUUGUUACUGAAGCCGAUACAGUACCAAAACUAAGAGAAUCGAUUGAGUCAACAAAAAAGGUUUUCGAAGCAUUCGGAGAAAAAAUCGAUAAGGCUAUUGUGGCAAUCACAGUGGCGAAAAGUGCAAUGAAAAAAGAAUUGGAUAAUAUCGUUGAUUUAAAGGCUAGUACUGAAACAACUCAAAAUUUUUUAAAUCUUCCGGUUUUCGUGGUACAGACGAUAAGAGCCUCAGGGCAAGAAUUAUUGGAUCGAUGCCAAUCUUUUCAGCGUAGACAUCGGACAUAAAACAUAAUAUGGAAAUACAACAUAUUUUGUACUUGAUCUUUUGUAAUAAUAAAUCAGUUUUUUUGUUGCCAACACU